CCCGGGCAGAUUUCUCCUCCCCCCCAGGCAUGCGUAGUGGGCGUCCCUGCCUGACGUCGGGCCUGCGUCAAGAUGGCGGCUUCCGCGCUGCUCACGCUGCUGCGCCGGUUCCCUAACCCUGCUCCCUUCCUAAGCGCCUGCGGAGUUCAGGUUCCUCUACAGACUCUUUGCACCAAAGUAUCCCCUGAAGAAGAUUCUCUGCCCUCGAUUCCCAUUUCCCCUUAUGAGAAUGAACCCUGGAAAUAUCUGGACUCAGAAGAAUACCAGAGCCGCUAUGGUUCUCGCCCUGUCUGGGCUGACUACCGCCGCAACCACAAAGGUGGUAUACCCCCUCAGCGGACCCGGAAGACCUGUAUUCGUAACAAUAAAGUUGCUGGGAAUCCUUGCCCUAUCUGCCGGGAUCACAAGUUGCAUGUUGACUUUAGGAAUGUGAAGCUCUUGGAACAGUUUGUCUGUGCCCACACAGGAAUCAUCUUCCACGCCCCAUAUACAGGGGUCUGCAUGAAGCAGCACAAGAAGCUGACCCAGGCCAUCCAGAAAGCCAGGGAAUGUGGUCUCCUCAGUCAGUACAUUCCCCAUGUUGAACCCCGCGACCUUGACUUCAGCACAUCUCAUGGAGCUGUGAGUGCUACUCCACCAGCACCCACCUUGGCAUCAGGUGACCCUUGGUACCCAUGGUACAACUGGCAGCAGCCACCGGAGAGAGAGCUGUCCCGCCUUCGACGGCUAUAUCAAGGAAAUCUCCUAGAAGAAAGCGGCCCCCCACCUGAGUCCAUGCCUGCGGUGCCCCCCCCACCCCCAGCAGAAACCUCCUCUGAGCAGACCAGCCACCAGAGUGCUUAGAAUUUAUGAAAGAUUCGGAGAGAUUAUGAGGAAGUGCCUGGGCUUAUGUAUGCGGUGGCUGUGCUCUGAAAAGUGACCCGUUGCAGGCCACGUGGGAAUGCCAGCUGGUGAAGGGACAGAUGGAUUUGAGGUUGGAGAGAAUGUCUGCAUGUGGGAAACAGAUCAGGGAGUUUCAAGGCGGGUGGGAAACUGACCAGGGAGAGAGGUCCGUGUGCACGUGGAAACAUCACAGAGAGAGGGAGGUCCGUGUGCACGUGGAAACUGACUAUGGAGAGAAGGGGGUCCAUGUGCACGUGGAAACUGAUCACGGAGGGGGGGGUCCAUGUGCACG